CCAUCAAUGUCUCUCACAUGGACUUUGCUGAUACUUUGCUGCUCGCUAUUGGGUCUUAUCCGGCAUAUCUCUGGGGCUGAGCAAGUGAAGUACCCAGUCAGGUCAGUGAAACCGAUGUCUCCCUCCGACUUCCUGGACAAACUGAUGGGGAGAACCUCUGGCUAUGAUGCACGGAUCAGACCAAACUUCAAAGGUCCCCCUGUUAAUGUCACAUGCAACAUCUUCAUCAACAGUUUUGGGUCUAUAACAGAGACCACAAUGGAUUACCGCUUAAACGUCUUUCUACGACAACAGUGGAAUGAUCCCCGGUUGGCCUACAAGGAGUAUCCAGACGACUCCCUGGACCUGGACCCGUCCAUGUUGGACUCCAUUUGGAAGCCUGAUCUUUUUUUUGCAAACGAGAAAGGGGCCAACUUCCAUGAAGUCACUACUGAUAACAAACUGCUGCGCAUAUUUCACAAUGGAAACGUGCUCUACAGUAUCAGGCUCACACUCAUCCUAUCCUGCCAAAUGGAUCUGAAGAACUUCCCCAUGGACAUCCAGACAUGCACAAUGCAACUCGAGAGCUUUGGCUACACCAUGAAUGACCUGAUCUUCCAGUGGCUGGAUGAGGGCCCUGUGCAGGUGGCGCACGACCUGCAGCUUCCACAAUUUGUGCUAAAAGAGGAUAAAGAUCUUGGCUACUGUACCAAGCACUACAACACAGGCAAGUUCACCUGUAUUGAGGUGAAGUUCCACCUGGAGCGUCAAAUGGGUUACUACCUGAUCCAGAUGUACAUUCCCAGCCUCCUGACGGUCAUCCUCUCCUGGGUCUCCUUCUGGAUCAACAUGGAUGCUGCUCCCGCCAGAGUGGGCCUGGGCAUCACCACAGUCCUCACCAUGACAACGCAAAGCUCUGGAUCCAGAGCGUCACUACCCAAGGUGUCAUAUGUGAAGGCAAUCGACAUCUGGAUGGCAGUGUGCCUGCUCUUCGUGUUCGCUGCCCUGCUGGAGUAUGCCGCUGUCAAUUUUGUCUCUCGGCAGCACAAGGAGUUUUUCAGACUCCGCAAGAAGCUGAGAGAGGAGCAGCACAUGAGGGAGGCAGCCAGCUCAAAAGCAGCACAGAGCAAUAAUGGUCUACAGGGGACCAACAACCCCUCCAACAAGAUUCCCCAGAAGCGUUGCAGUGCCUGUGCACGG